AUGGAGAUUGAGCGCAUGCACCGAAAAUACGGCCCAGUCGUACGCAUCACACCUGCCGAGAUUCACGUUCGCGACCCGGUUUUCUACCAUGAGCUCUUUGUCAUGGGUGCUGUUCGAAAGAUGGAAGCUUACCCAAGAUUUGCAGAAGGAACUGGAUUUGAGGGUAACUUAAUUCCCAUUAUUGCUACUAGAUUGAAGAUUGAAAAGAACCUGCUAAUUCUGAAUGAAGACAUGGUCGCCGUUUCCACCACACACGACAUGCAUCGCGUCACCAGAGCCCUUCUUAAUCCUUUCUUUUCCAUUGCUGGAAUCGCACGUGUCGAAGAACGCGCUGUCCAGCGGGUGGAGCAGUUGCGUAGCCGACUGAAUGGAUUUGUAAACACGGGAAUACCAGUCAACAUUACCCAUGCAUUUAACUCGCUUAUGACCGAUAUCGUUUCUUGUAUGCUGUUUGAAGAGCCUAGUGAUUAUCUAAACGAUCCUACAUUCAAUGCAGAAUGGUUUGAAGUGCUGAAAAAGGGCGCUGUGACAAUUCCUUUGCUGGCACAUAUGCCAUGGUUUGCGAAGCUUUUGGUAAUGCCUGUAGUAAGGGCUUUAUCUGAGAGGAUAACCAAAUGGAGGAUUUGGGACGAUAAAGCUCGCAGGCAAAUGGUCAAAUCUCGACUUCGACCAGCAGAUGAGGCCAAGAAUCGAAGUGAUACCACUUUCUUUGACCAUCUUGUGCAUAGUGAUCUGGUGGAGUCAAUAUUCGGCAACGGCGGGUUUUCUCGCCUAUCACAGACUCCUAUCUCAAUGACGAACCACUGGAUUCACAUGGAUGCCGAUAUCUUCCCAGACCCAAGAAAGUUCGAGCCAGAACGUUGGCUGGGGAACCAAGAUAAAGUCAAGCUAAUGUACGACUACUUCGUUCCAUUUUCAAAAGGGUCUCGUGCAUGUCUGGCUAAGAAUCUUGUCGACAUGACUAUUUACCACACCAUCGGAAAGCUGUACGGUCCGCUAGCCCCACGUAUGAUACUUCACGAGACAAACGAAGAUGCGGUUCGACCUGUACAUGGCCUUCUCUUUCCAUUUCCGCAACUAGAUUCGCCGGGCGAUGACAAGAGGUAA